UAAACAUACGCCAAUGACACCUUAACCCUAACACCGGCUUUGCAGAAACGCUCAUUGAUUGCCUGUUCACUCUGUUUCCUCCCUCUUCACUGUGUGCUCUUCUUGUUUCUUGUUGUUUGUUGUCUUCGAGAGAUUAUUUGACAUCACCAUGAGGGACAAUAGCAUUGAGCCAUUCACGCCAAGGGACGCUCGCCCAUUGCACUCCAAUCCGUAUGCCUCCAAUAAAAGAAAGUCAACCAAUCAACAACAGCAACCCGAGACCAUCCAGGAGGCGACCGAAACUUCACACCCACAAGACAAAAAGUCUUCUCAGGGACCACUGCAUGACGACAGUGCGUCAUCAUCAGAAGCCAUUGGGGGAUCUUCCAACGAGAAUGCCAUUGCAUCUCAAAAUUCCAUGCGCCUAUUGUCCAUGCUCCAACGAGACUACGAAGAAUUGGAAAAGGACUCUGUCAAGGCAUGCCUUCGAUCCAAACAGUUUCCUUGUCCUGAAGUCUCCAAGGUUUUGCAAGAAGGGUCCAAUCCGUCGUUGGACUUUUCUGUCCUCCAAGAAUCCUGCCAAAUUUUGAUGGAUCAUCCAGACUAUCUAGCAGGGUGCUGUGGUGGUGGAAAUACUAAUAAUAUUGAACAAGAAGAGAAACAAAAGUCGUCGUUGUGGUAUAUGACACGGCUCGGCACUAUUGUUCGUUUUCUCCAGCUCUUGUUGGUGACUGAUAAAAACAAGCUAUCACCACAACAAACCAAUCCACUCCUUUUGAACUUGAUGAAAGCGCUGGUGACCAAUGUCGAAAAGAGUCUGCAAUAUUGGACGGCAGCUGAAAAAGAACAACAACAAUCCAUCGAUGAUGACAGGCGAGAGGAUUGUUUGUACAAUGGACCGGUCUCACAGACGUAUCAUGGACCACAAGUGGCGUGCUUUGUGUUGGCAUUUUGUCUACGAAUCAAAUCGGUCAUGGUCCAGCACCGACUAGAUCUCUUGCCGGCCUUGUGGAAAUCUGUGGAUGCCAUUUUCACGGCAUUGGCGAUGACGACUUCAUCAUCUCUGCCUGUGGAAUUGCUACAGGAUGCUAUAGAUGCCCUGGGUGGAUAUUUGAAGGAUUUCUUGUGGCAGGCCGUGGGAGUUCUGGCAUUAUCGAAACAAUCUGCGUUGCUGCAACCACAUCAAGUCAAAAUCAGUUCUUUCUUCCUCACCAAGCUAUCCCGAUUUCUCAAGCUGCAUGCAAACCAAGAGGGCGAAAAAAUCCCGGAUGACAUCUUGUCGCUCUUAGUGUCGUUCUGUGGGCUGGCCGUGUACGUCGCGGCUACUCAGCCAGAUCAAGCCGCGCUCCUCCAAACGGUACAAAAAGUAUCCUCCAAAGCCGAAAAGUGCCUUUUGUCGGUCCUUUUGACAGAAGAAGAAAAAGGCGCACCUGUGGUCCCCAAAGCCGUCAGCUUGCAUCAACUCUGCAAUAUGAGACAAUUGACGCGGGGAGUGCUUGGACAGUCAACAACAACAACGCAAUCUAGCAGUUUGCUACAAUCCUCAUUUGACAUUGGCAAAUGGCACAUUCUUCAAGAGGUGCUCCAGCAAUGUCUGAACUCUGCUACAACACCGUCUGAUGGCAGCCUGCCACUUUUGUGGACCGAAGAGGCUCAUGUCAACAGUUUGCUUGCCGUGUGCGAGAAUCUGGUCUUUGGCAGUCUUCCGAUGUGCCACACUUUUCUCACUACAGCCCGUCUCAAAAAGAACAAAAAGAACAAGACAGAGGACUGUGUCCCAACCAAACUCUUGGAAACAACGCUAAGGUCCAUCAGUCAAUACGUCUAUGCUUGCGAAACGACAGCACCAUGCAUGACCGCCAAUGCUUUACAUUGCUUGCUGUUGAGAUGGCUCAUGCCAAUGGCCUCGCAACAACAACACCACCCGUUGACCCGAGAAUGUGUCCUUUUUCUGGUACAGACGCAUGUCACCAGACUCGGUUCCAAUCACAAUGGCACUCCCUUGAUGACACUCCUAACGAAAGCACUGUUCGACCACCGAACGUCCCAUAAGUCAACGAUUGCAGCAUUGAUUCGGAAGAUGCUAGUGGCAGACCCAAAUGGAGGAGAACUACCCCUUGGGUUGCAGCGAUUAGUCUGUGCAGAAUAUGGCUCCAAGCCUCUGUUUCGCAGCCGGAAGAGGCGUCGUGAUGGCAAGCAAAUUGCCCGCACAGAGGAUGGCAACGGCAAUCCAAGCUGGCAUCCAUUCUCGGUGGAAGAUAUUCGUGUCAUUGCCACCGUGAUGGCCCGUGUCCCCUUCUCCGUCAUCCCCAACGCAAAGGCCGACCUGGAACACUUCUGCUUAAACAUUUGCGCCAAGAAGAAGAAGAAGAAGCGAAGAAAAGUGCCUAGUUCAAGCCUUGCCAAACGCUCAAUCAUUGCGCUGUCGCUCCUGGAAGCUGCCGUGAGAGAAGAUCCCUCACUUGUGUUUCUCAAGAGCAUUUGUCCGGAGACUGGGACGUCGAGUAUCCAGCAGCGGCUCUGUACGUGGUUCUUGUCCCAAGUUGAUAGUUGCUAUCCCAGCGGGCGACAGCAUGUUGCCGAGCAAACCAUGGAAAGCCUUGCCAUAAUUGGCACCUCGGUACUUCGUUUCAUUUCCUUUGCAGGCCAACAAGGCUCUGUGGAAAAUGAAUCGACCGCCCAAGUGCAGGAGCAUGUGCGGUUGGUGCAACGAGUUCUCGAUGUGUGCACCGAUCCCGAGCGAAUCUUGGCACAGUGCCGACAAACAAACGCGGCAGAAGGCACCACAUCAAACAUGCCAUUGCUUGUUUUGGAAUCUUCGAGGACGCUGGGGAUCAUUGGCCUAACCCUUCUCGGCAGAGUUGGAAUGGUGAAUGACAUUAUGCAAGGAUUCGUUUCCAUCUAUCAACGACUUUUAGCCAGCAACAUGUGCUGGUCGCUUCAUACUCAAACAAUGACAUCGCUGUAUGGCAUGUUCAAAUCCAUCCAACGCGACCAAGGCCAGAUCCUGGUGACUUGUAUACCAGAGCGGCAUCGGAAAGGCCAAGCCAGUCUGCUGCAGUGCCGAAUCAAAGGAAAGGUUUACCGAUACGACAAGCACAAUAACGCAGGAGAACAUGUCAAUCGGAAGGAUAAGGAUGCCUUAUCAAAACUGUGUUUUCACUCGCUGGAUGCGUUGAUACCACGUUCCUCGCCAAUAGCUACGAAGCUACCAUCCCAACAGGGCAGGGAGGUGUCAUUGUCGAUUGCCACCGGAUCUUACUUUCUGACAAUGCCAACACAGGGAGGAAGAGAGGCAAUAGUGAUCUUCCCACCAACCGAAUCAUCACUGCAGGACAUUCAGUACAUGUUGGGGAGCAGCGCAACACAAGACGAAACCAUGCCAGCAGUUCAGCAACUUCAACGAAUCAUGUCGUCACGAGAUGGAUGCACAGCGAUUCUACAACCUGCAGGAAAUCUCAGCAAUGACGGCGAGUAAUCUGGUCGUACGUAAUGUAGCUAUGACAGUAUUAGUUUGGGCUUUAUUUUGGUGCUACAGGUUUGCUUACAUUCAGUCAAACAAUCAAGCCACGGGUGGUUCGGCUCACAAAAGUCAAUCUACUAUUGGCCACCUCACUUGCUAAUGCUCCGAAUCCUGGCAGUGCAGGACAACAUCAUGAAUGAGUUUGGCCAAGACCACACCCGGAUUAAUCAAACCACGCAAGGGGAUAUCUCGGGAAGACCCAUCAGAGUUUGCGUACAUGAAAUGGGGUGAAUGGCAAAAUGGAUGGCUUUGACAGUUGCCACAGACCAACCCAUAGUUUUCGUUGCCUCUCAUUUCGAGAGCAAUAAAGUUGGUAGAGGGGCUUUCCACAUAGAGUAGGCGCGUUCCUGCACUUGUCCAUUGAUGACGGCGCCAUGUGUUGUCUCCACCCCACUGGUUGUUGCUGGGUUGGACCACAAUUGUUUCUUCCACCAAUCUCCAAUCAAUCACGCCCCGGAUGGCGCCCUCCACGACUUUGGAAAUGGCUUGUUCCAGUAAGUUGUUGGGUACUGGCUUGUCACAGUCUCCGGGUACGUGGGAUGCUGCAGCUCCCACCACCAAAUCGCUUUCAUCCAGACAAUCGACAUCUUCCUUCAAGUCAAAAAAUAGCUUACUCCAAACCACAAUACCAUCACCACCUGGAUCACCACCACUACUAGGAACGGGAGCUGGAUAAUCCCCGCCAUCGCUCUCAUCGUUAUUUUUAACCUUGGCCCGUUUGCGGGGACUCUUGCGUCUUCCAACGUUGCCAUCAUCUUUUACUUUAUGCUUGUUGGGGCUGGUGCUCUCUUUGAUGGCAGGUGCGAUUUUCUUGGCAACUUUUUCUGGAUGCAUGGUAACCUUCACCCCGGAACCAGAGCCUCCGCUCAAUUUGCGAAACAGCACAUCAUGCCCAUCUCGUAACUUUCGGUUCCAACUUGUGGACUGCACAAAGAGCUCACACCCAGAGGGUAAUCCGCUUGGUUUGAGGGUAACAGCCACUCCCUUGUUCACUUUGAGCUCGGACCGCACGGCAUCUGGCCCAGCAAUCCAUCUCGUCUUGUCGUCAAGAGACAGAACCAUAUCCUUGUUGGCCGAGAUCUUUUCCGAUCGGGUUACCUUGUAGUAACCAGAUCCACGGAACAUGUCUGUAAGCUUCAACCGCUUGGUCAACUCCUCAAAGGUUUCUCCAUCUCGGGGCGUCACACGAAGAUAUUCCAUGGUUUGCUUCUUGGUUCAGCCACAAUCUAGUUCUUUCAAGCGAGUUGCCCUUCUUGUAGUCUCUCUGCAACCCAUUCUAUGGUGACAACCGAGGUUCCGGUUGUUCCUCACGCCAUCUUCUUCAUUCUCACCGAAAUCUGAUGCCAGUGGGAUUGAUCAAUCAUGGUUUCUCUCACGACUGGAUCAAACUUCCUUCCGACACGCCGUUCUGGCUUGAGGUUUGCUCUACAGGAAUAUAUUGUUG